AUGCCCCCCACACACAUACCAAUCCCCCUCUUCGCCAACACUCAACUCUCCCUCCUGCACACCGAACACCAAGCCGAAAUCUCCUCCUCCUCGCUCGCCAGCACAGCAGCCUCCGUCUCUCCCUCCACGCGACGAACGCUGCAAGCAACCGGCUACGCGCUCACGGGCUUGAUACUCAGCCAGACGAAGACGGGGCUCGGGGGACGAGUGGUCGGCGAGUUUGCUGCGGAUCCGGCGACUGCUACGAAAGGGAAGGAUAAGGAUGAGGGGAAAAGUGGGGAGCCCGGGUUAGGUGCACACGGGAUCCGCGUUGGGGAUGUGGUGCGGGUGAAUGAUAUCGGAUCUGGGGCGAAGAAAGCCGGGAAAGAGAAGGAGAAGGAGAAGGGGAAGGAUAGUGGGAAAGGGCUCGAGGGUGUGGUGACGAGGGUCGCGGAGAGGGCUGUCUGGAUAGCGUUUGGGCAGAGAGGUGGGAACACGGGGUCGCGGUCGAGGGAGGAUGAUGAGGCGAUUGAGGAGUUGUGGGGGAAGAAGUUAUGGCUGAUCAAAUUGGCCAACGAUGUGACGUUUCGACGGAUGAACCAGACAAUGGAGAAAAUGGCGAAGAUGACGGAAAACGAGCAUACGCAUUUCAUGCGCGUCGCAUUUGGGUAUACGACGCCGUUACAAGUCGACUAUGAAGGUGUCGGUUCUGUGGAAUUCACCGAUCCGACGCUCAAUGACUCGCAGAAGGAAGCCAUUCGAUUCGCACUCGCGUCCAAGGAUGUCGUCCUCAUCCAUGGUCCACCGGGAACGGGAAAAACACAUACACUGAUUGAACUGAUCCUGCAGAUGGUGCAGAGGAAUCAGCGGGUGCUUGUCUGCGGACCAUCGAACAUCUCAGUCGACAAUAUCGUGGAGCGAUUGGCCCCGAAGAAAGUCCCAGUUGUACGGAUAGGACAUCCGGCCCGUCUGCUGCCGUCCGUCCUCGAGCAUUCUCUCGAAGUCUUGACCCACACGUCCGAGGCAGCUGGCAUCGUUAAGGAUGUCCGCGCUGAAAUAAACGACAAACAAGCCAGCAUUCGUAAAACGCGAACCGGACGGGAAAGGAGAGCAAUCUAUGACGACCUGAAAGAACUACGACGCGAAUUCCGAGAACGCGAGUCCAAAUGCGUGGACAACUUAGUUCGCGGCAGUAGCGUGGUCCUUUCCACCCUGCACGGAGCCGGGGGCCACCAGCUGAGGAAUUCAAAGUUUGAUGUGGUGAUUAUUGACGAAGCUAGUCAGGCCCUUGAGGCUCAGUGCUGGAUUCCGCUGUUGUCCGCCUCAAAAGUGGUCCUUGCGGGGGAUCAUCUUCAGCUGCCUCCUACGGUGAAAUCGACUGUGCAGAAGUCGAAGGAUUCGAAGGCACAAAAGAAUGGCAAUAAUGACGCCAAUCUCAGCCCAGAAGAGAAGGAAAUUGCCAAAAGCAUCUCGUUAGAGCGAACUAUGUUUGAUCGACUAUUGUCGCUCCACGGCCCAGGCAUCAAGAAGAUGCUCACUACGCAGUAUCGGAUGCACGAGAAGAUUAUGCGCUUCCCGUCCGACGAACUAUACGAAUCAAAGCUUAUGGCGGGCGAAGCCGUCAAAGCCCGACUGCUGAAAGACCUACCAUAUGAAAUUUCAGAAACCGAUGACACCAAGGAACCCGUCGUAUUCUGGGACACGCAGGGCGGGGAUUUCCCCGAGAAAACCGAGGACGACGACAUUGGCAAGAAGGAAGCUCUACUAGGCGAAAGCAAAAGUAAUGAGAUGGAAGCUAUGGUCGUCGCCAAGCACGUGAGCAACCUUGUGGACGCAGGCGUCCGCCCCGAAGAUAUCGCGGUCAUCACGCCGUACAAUGGCCAAUUAGCGGUACUAUCGCAGAUGCUGCGAGAAAGGUAUCCCGGUCUGGAAUUGGGAAGUGUGGACGGGUUCCAGGGUCGAGAGAAAGAAGCCGUCGUUGUUAGUUUGGUACGAAGUAAUGAUGAGCAUGAGGUGGGAUUCUUGGGGGAGAGGCGGAGAUUGAACGUUGCCAUGACCCGUCCCAGGCGCCAUCUAUGCAUAUGCGGUGACUCGGAAACUAUUAGCAGAGGAAGUAGUUUUCUGAAGCGCUGGAUGGCAUUCCUGGAGGAACACGCCGAUCUGCGAUAUCCGGAUGCAGGUGAACUGGUGUGA